AUGCCACAUAAAAGAACGCCCUCUAGCAGUCUGCUGUAUGCAAGAAUUCCAGGGAUCUCUUUUGAAAACUCUCCGGUGUUUGAUUUUUUGUCUCCUUUUGGACCCGCUCCUAAUCAAUGGGUAGCACGAUACAUCAUCAUCAUCUUUGCAAUUCUCAUCAGAUUGGCAGUUGGGCUGGGCUCCUAUUCCGGCUUCAACACCCCUCCAAUGUAUGGGGAUUUUGAAGCUCAGAGGCAUUGGAUGGAAAUUACUCAGCAUUUAUCCAUAGAAAAAUGGUACUUCUACGACUUGCAAUAUUGGGGGCUUGACUAUCCUCCCUUGACAGCCUUUCAUUCAUACUUCUUUGGCAAAUUAGGCAGCUUCAUCAAUCCAGCAUGGUUUGCUUUAGACGUCUCCAGAGGGUUUGAAUCAGUGGAUCUAAAAUCGUACAUGAGGGCGACCGCAAUUCUCAGUGAGCUGUUAUGUUUUAUUCCAGCUGUCAUUUGGUAUUGUCGUUGGAUGGGACUUAACUACUUCAAUCAAAACGCCAUUGAGCAAACUAUAAUAGCGUCUGCUAUUCUUUUCAAUCCAUCUUUAAUUAUCAUAGAUCAUGGCCACUUCCAGUACAACUCAGUUAUGCUAGGUUUUGCUUUAUUAUCCAUAUUAAAUCUGUUGUACGAUAAUUUUGCAUUAGCGGCUAUUUUUUUCGUUCUUUCAAUAAGCUUUAAGCAAAUGGCUCUCUAUUAUAGCCCCAUCAUGUUUUUUUACAUGCUGAGUGUGAGUUGUUGGCCUUUGAAAAACUUCAACUUGUUGAGAUUGGCUACUAUCAGUAUUGCAGUACUCUUGACUUUUGCAACUCUAUUACUGCCUUUUGUAUUAGUAGAUGGGAUGUCACAAAUUGGCCAAAUAUUAUUCAGAGUUUUCCCGUUUUCAAGAGGCUUGUUUGAGGAUAAGGUGGCCAACUUUUGGUGUACAACGAAUAUACUGGUAAAGUACAAACAGUUAUUCACUGACAAAACCCUUACUAGGAUAUCGCUAGUAGCAACUUUGAUUGCAAUUAGUCCGUCUUGCUUCAUCAUUUUUACUCACCCAAAGAAGGUUUUACUACCGUGGGCUUUUGCUGCUUGCUCUUGGGCGUUCUAUCUUUUCUCUUUCCAAGUCCACGAGAAAUCAGUUUUAGUUCCAUUGAUGCCUACCACUCUAUUACUGGUAGAAAAAGACUUGGACAUCAUCUCAAUGGUCUGCUGGAUUUCUAAUAUUGCCUUCUUCAGCAUGUGGCCUCUAUUAAAAAGAGACGGGCUGGCUUUGGAAUAUUUUGUCUUGGGAAUAUUGAGUAAUUGGCUGAUUGGAAACCUCAAUUGGAUUAGUAAAUGGCUUGUCCCCAGUUUCCUGAUUCCAGGGCCUACUCUCUCCAAAAAAGUUCCUAAAAGAGAUACUAAAACAGUUGUUCAUACUCACUGGUUUUGGGGGUCAGUAACAUUCGUUUCAUACCUCGGAGCUACAGUUAUCCAGUUCGUAGAUUGGCUGUACCUUCCACCUGCCAAGUAUCCAGAUUUGUGGGUUAUUUUGAACACUACAUUGUCGUUUGCUUGUUUCGGGUUGUUUUGGCUAUGGAUUAACUACAAUCUGUACAUUUUGCGUGAUUUUAAGCUUAAAGAUGCUUAG